AUGGACGAAGAGGCUGGGAAGGAUGCGGCGAUAGAGGCGGAGAAGCAGCGGCUCCAAAUGGCGGCCGUGCUAUACCGCGCGCUGAGGAGCGCGGAGGAUGACCUCGUAAACGCGCGGCCGCCCACCCGCGCCCAGCUCGCCGAAGCGUGCCACUCGAAGCUGCAGUACGACUUUCCGAUCGUCAACGCCGCCGAACUCGACGCGCUCACCGAGGAGAUGGCGGCCGAGAUCGCCGAGGGGACCGCGCCGGGGUCGUUCACGUACCCGAUCACAUCCGCGCUGGUCAACGCCGCGGUGGAGGGGGCGUGCAAGCCCGCACCGGGCGCGGGAUCCGCGCCGGGGAUCUCGGGCAAGUCGAGGGAAGCAGACUCCGAUCGCGACCUCGAGGACGCCGGCGCCGACGGGGCGGGGACCGAGCCCGCGGUGGACGGCGGCGCGGUUCGCAUCGCGUACCAGCGCCUGUGCGCGACGACGCUCGUGCACUUCACCUCGCGGGUGCUCGCCAUGCCCGACGACGAGGCGGAAGUCGCGCUGCGUUGGUUCGACGGGUUCGACACGGAGGAGACGGCACCCGACGCCGGGGACGGCGCCCCGACUUACGACGAAGCCGACGCGCGAGCACCGGGCGAAGACGACGGACGGGAACCGCCGGGUUCGCACGCGGCGGCGAAUCCCCCGAACGACGCCUCGGACUCGGAUUCCGACUGGGAGCCGAUGGAGACGGACCCGACGGAGGACGAGCGGCGAGCGCGCGAUCCCGCCCAACCCGCGGUCCCGGUCCCGCGUCUGGGCGCCAAACUCUCCGUCGACGCCAAACUCUCGCACGUGCUCCGACGCCUGUCCCGCGCGUGCGUCGACGGCGACGACGUCUGGCGCCACUCGCCCCACGCCGCUCUCCCGCAGCUCGCGCCCGCGCUCGUGUCCCUGACGGAGACGCUCGCGAGGUCCGAGGGACGCCCCGAGCGUCGAGCCGCGAGGGUCGCGCCGCUUCGGGUCCUGCGGGAGCAGUGGGCGGCGAACGGUCCGCCGCCCCGCUCGGACGGCUCGAUCGGGCGUCUGCUCGCGGCGCUGGGUUUCGAAUCGAGCAGGCACGGCGGCGGUAACAUCGGGGCGGUGAUGGAGAGGCUCGGGCUGGACGAGGACGCGAGGGGCGGGGACGAGGACGUCGGCCUGGCGCUAGAAUUCCUGGCGUACCUGUGCGUUCGACUCGGCGGCGAGGCUCUCGGAGAUUUCGCCUCUGCGGCGCAGUCGUCGGCGGGGAAGCGCGCGGGCUUUGGCGUGGGCGCCGCGGGUCACUUGUGGGGACACGUGGACGCGCACAUCGGCGUCGUCGCCGAGAAGUUCGACGCCCUCGCGCACGUCAAGGCGACCGGGGAUAACUCGUGGCAACAGAGGGUGGGGAUGUGUUCCCUCAUCGUGGCGUUUCACGCGGCGAAGGCGCCGGGUAACGCCAACCCGGGAGACGUCCUCGCGAAGACCGGGGCUUUGCGAGCCCUGUGCGCGGCGUUCACCGCGCCGGACAACGCCACCGCGCCGCACUCCGAGGCGCUGCGACGCGCGGUGCUCCUCGUCGCCGCCGCCGCGCCCAAAACGGUUGAAUUCAUCGCCGCCGUCCCCGGGGUUCGAUCGGAGGUUGAGUCGGGGUUUAGGGUUGAGUCGCGGGACGAGUUUCGCGGGACGGAGGGUUCGCUCGCCGCGCACGGCGCGAUGUGGGAGCUCUUACUGCCCGCGCCGGGAACCUCCCGGGAGGACGCGGAGCGUUCGUGCGCGGCGAGGCUGGCGCCCCUUCUGGAUCCCACGCGCGGCGGCGUCGGCGGCGGUUCGUCAAUCGCGCUGGGUUUACUCCGAGCGGCGCAGACGGCGGCGAGGGGCGCGACGCCGCUGUGGCGACGUGGGGGCGCGAUCGACGGGGUGUUGCGCGAUGCGCUGACCCACCUGGCGGCGACGGUAUCGGCGGGUGCGCGCGCGAGGGGGGGCGUCGUGGGAAGUUCGCGGCCGAGGAAGACGACGGGGAGCGACGACGAGGGCGACGACGAGGGCCGCCGCGGCGGGGACGACUCGGCGGCGGCUUCGGACCCGGAGAUGGAGAAGAGUCGCGAGAUGGCGUCCGCCGCGCUUCGCGUGCUCAAGGAGAUUCUGGGCGCGGCGGACGGGGGCGGUGGGAGGAAGUGCGACUGAUUUUGUAUUGACAAAAAAGGUUGGC